AUGUCUGCGCCGCUCAACGCGAUACAGCUCAGCCCUACCACGGCUCUUACCCGCGCUGCCUCCGGCGCCGCACUGGGAGAUGACACUCGUAGGACCUUGCACGACAGCGUCGCGAGUGUGGUGCUGCCACCACUGGCCGGCUCGGCCAUUCUCGAGAGCACGGACGGCGCCGACGAAAGCGCGCCAGUGAUUCAGGAGUGCGAAGAUGACGUAGUCGCUCUGCGUGAGAUGCCGGGUAUAGGGGCUUCAGGGAGGGAGCGACUCGAGCCGUAA